AUGCUUUCUUCAGCAGCCGAUUCAAUAAUAUCAGAUGCCACAGUAAAGCCUGUACUGUUAGAGACAAGCCGUCCACUCCCAAAUCCACCCGUGCCGUCGCGCAAUGAAGUGAGCGAUUAUAUUGCAAAACGGUGUAAUAAACUUGAAGAAGAAGAAAAUCCUUUCGAUUCUCAAUUCGGAGGUGGUCCUGCGAAACUCAAUCCAGCCAAAACUCCUGGUGGUACCUUACUACCUUCGAUUCAAGCUUUACAAUCUGGAUCUUCACCUGGCUUUAGUAAUAUGGAAGGAUUACGGUCGGGUCCAUUGAGUCCCAAUAUGCUCGCUGGUCCAAAAGAACCUGCCGACGAUUACUUCUCUGGGGAUCAUAAUAUGAUUGAAGGUCCGAGGGGUUUCACUCCAAUGGAAUCUGCUUUAAGGCAUGAAAGAAUCCUACCAUCACCAGGGAAUGUUCUAAGCCCUGGUAAUCCAUACUCAUUGAAUUCAAGUUCACUCAUGGGAGGAAUAGCAAGUCCAGGAAUUGGAAUGUAUAGCAGUGGCAUUGUCGCAACACCUGGAACGGCAGACUUUCAGCGGACUGCUUCCGAAAUCCGUCAACGUCAAGUUGCCGCUAGUCUUAAUGAGCAAAAGAGAGAUAUGAACAUUACUUCCCAACCUCAACAGCUGACCGAAGGUAAUCGUAAUGACAUGUCGAACUACCCUGGGGGUGGUGAUUACACUGCAGCCCAGAGCCUUCAUAUGUUGGCUAAUCAAGCUUCGGCAUCAUCUCGGGAUGCUUCGCCACAUUACAACAUUGCCCUGGGUCAACCACGACAAGCACAGGCCUCCACACAAAAAUUGUUACUAAAUCGAAAUCAACAAACUUUGAACCAACAGAUGAACCCUAUGAACCCUAUGCAAGUCAAUGGUCAAAUGGCUGGUCGAUCAAACGACCCAUCUGUAAUGAAUGGCCAUCCUAUGGAUUCGAGAGACAGGAACAAUUCCGUAAACUCAAACUCAUCGAGUCCGGUGAGCAAUGGCAAUAGCAUUGGUUAUGAGAAUGACAUGAACGGAAAUGGUAGUCAGUCAAAGAAGAGAGCAACCACAAAGCGAAAGGCAAGCGCCAACAAGACUCCACCAAAGAAUAACAAAAGGACCAAGGGGGGCAGUAACGCUUCAAAAAGGGAUGAUGAUAUGAAGAAUGAAGAAUUUACAAAUGAAGACCUAGAUAACAUGGAUGAUCAAGGUGAUUUUGAAGAGAAUGAAGACAACAACAACAACGGCAAACCCAAGAAACCUGAAACAGAUGAUGAGAAACGGAAGAGUUUCCUUGAACGAAACAGAGUUGCUGCUCUUAAGUGUAGACAGCGUAAGAAGCAAUGGCUCAACAACUUACAACAGAAAGUUGAUACCUACACCAACGAAAAUGAGGCUCUACAACAAAGAAUCCAACAAAUGGGUCACGAAAUUAUUCAACUUAGAACCAUGCUUUUGGCUCAUAAGGAUACUCCCAUUGGUAUUCAACAAGGUAUCGCGGCAUUUGUUCCACAAAUUUACGAAGAGAUGCCACAAAUGCAUCAAGCUCAAAAUCCAUAUGGUAUGGCUGGAAUGCAACCAUCUCAAAAUCCCGCCAUGCAAGUCCAAGUCCCGGAUUCUAUUCAAUUUACGAUUAAAAUGUGCAUACAUGGUGGGGGAGGUUUUGGUUCUGAGACAUGGUUGGGUUUCGCGCAUGGUAGGGUGUGGUGA